GAAGCGGAAAUGAGGCUCUUUUGUUUUGAAAGAGGGAAAUUUCAAAGUGUUCGGCGACGUUAAACAACCGUGAAGGACAACAGGCGCAAUAAAAGCGACAAAAAGACACGAAAUGAGCGCAAAAUGACAGCGACUCGUCGUGAAUGUGAAAAUCUGAAGAUGAAGAAGAAGGCCAGAAGGUCACGGGGGUCACAGGGAGAGGAAUGUUCUCUGUGCAAAUUCAGUGACGAUGAUCCGGCCAUGUUUGGAGAAAAGGUCACACUGAAGCAGCACAAGCUCACCGUGCACUACUUCUGUCUGCUGACUUCCUGUGGAGUGUACCAACGUGGUUCAGAGGACGAAGGAGUUUUCGGUUUCCUGGUCGAUGACAUCAAACAGGAAAUCAGACGUUCAGCUCGACUGACUUGUUGUGGUUGUAAGAAGAAGGGGGCGUGUGUCGGCUGCUGCGUGCGCAGCUGCAGAAAGAUGGUUCACUUCCCCUGUGGCAGGAAGAAGAAGUUCAUCUCUCAGUUCACUGGACUUUUCCCGUCGUACUGUCCAGAUCACAGUCCCUCUCAGUCUGCGUGUGUGAGUGCAGACCUCAGUCUUCCCCAGUCCUGCUCUGUGUGUUUGGACGUCAUUGAACCGGUUCUGUCCCACUCUGUCCUCAAAUGUCCCUGCUGUCACACCAGCUGGUUCCACCGGGACUGUGUGCAGCGUCAGGCCCACAGCGCAGGUCUCUUCUUCUUCAGGUGCACUCUGUGCAACAACAAGGACAACUUCCAGGAGGAGAUGUUGAGGAUGGGAAUCUACAUCCCAGAGAGAGAUGCCUCAUGGGAGUUGGAGGCGAACGCAUAUUCGGAGCUGCUGGAGGUUUACAAACGUUGCGACGCUCUCACCUGCCUCUGCAGCGACGGACCCACACACUCAGCAAAGAGCGGGUGGUUUGAGGUGAUUCGCUGUCGACUGUGUGGAUCCAGAGGAACUCACCGGAAAUGUUCGGGGCUGAAGGUGGACACCAGAGACUGGGCCUGCAGCGACUGCACUCAGGCUGCUGAUGACAAAGCCUCGCUCGUGGAAAGAAAGAAUCGUCCGUCCAAACGCCGCCUGUCCACCAAGCACUCCUCCAUCAGCUUUAAAAGAGCGUCGUCACCCAUCACGUCCAGCUCACCUGAGGAGCUGCUGCAGGCUCUGGCGCCUCAGCUCCGCCCCCUCAGUGUCCAGGUGGAGGUGGGCGGGUUUCGGGCUCUGGCCGCUGGACUGGAUCUGGUCCGGAGGCCCGACUUUGAUCCCACGUGCUCCCUGUCUGUCAGGUUCGUCGGGGAGUGGCAGACUACGUUUCCCAGCAGCCUCCAGGACAGCGACGCAGCCAGGCAGGUCUUCUUGAAGCUGCUGGUGCAGCAGAUCCAGGACUGUGUCGUGUUUGAAGGUCCAGAUGGAUCCAAAAAUCUGGCUCUGGACUCGCAGGCUCUACGUGAGGACCUUUACUUUGACGUCGGCUGUCUGCUGGCGCUCUCUCUGGUUUACGGUGGCCCCGCCCCCAGCUUCUUCUCCCGCACGCUCUACCAGUGUCUGUUCAACUUCCCGCCCAACUGCUCCCUCACUGUCAGUCACAUGACGCCCGACAAACACUUCACACGCCAAGUCAGCAGGAUCGCAGAGGCGGAGUCUCUGGGCGACCUGAAGGACGCCGUCAAAUCAAGCUGGGAGUAUCUGGAGAUGGCCGGCUGCAACCGGCCAAUCAGCAGCCUGGAGGACAGAGGGACGCUGGUGGACGACUUAGUCAAUUUCACGUUAAUCACCAGGAUGCAGCUUCCCAUGCAGAGGUUUCGUAAAGGUCUGCAGACUUUAGGCGUCUUUGAUCAGGUGCAGCUCUUGCCGUCUGUGUUCUACGGCAUGUUCUGUGAAGCAGCCGCUGGUCUCAGUGCACAGACCAUCGCUGAGGUCUUCACUAUCAGCUUCUCUGAGGAGCAGGACAAGCUGGACAGGGAGACGCCCGUCGUCUCCUUCUGGAGACACUUCCUGCUCCAGUGUGAAGCUGGGCGGAGCUCCAUUUCCCUACAGGACCUCCUCCUCUUUGCCUCAGGAGCUGAGCACCUGCCAGUUGUCGAACUCCUCCUCACUCCUCCCUCCAUCUCCUUCCUCCACCCCCUCAGCUCCUCCUCUUCCUCACCAGAGGAGGCGGAGUCAAAAGACGGAGGUCUGUUCCCUCAGAGCGACCCCAGUCGCCGUCACCUCCUCCUGCCCGUCACCUCCACCUACGAGGCCUUCAAGAGCUCCAUGGAGCAGGCGGUUAGCCACCACCUGCACCUCCUCCCGAGCAAGAGUUAAAGAGGGCGGAGCCAAUCGUUCACUUUCACUCAAAAAAAAAGUCUGUCCCUCACUGGACAAACUGAACUGACCUUUUUCUGAAAAUAAGGAGAAAAAAAAUGUUGUUUAAAGUAUUUUAUUGUCUCCGUAAAUAAAUAUGGGUUUGUCACCUUUAACCUGACCGCGUUCACCUGAAGAAGCCCUGGAUGCUAAUGUUGAGCUAGCCACUGUUAGCAACAGCAACUGUUGGCAAUACACAUUGUUAGGAAAAAGACAUUGUUAACAUUACCCACUGUUAGCAACAGGCAUGGUAAGCAUUAGCCAGUGUUAGCCGUUGAUAAAAACGUUGGUUUCUGUUCCGUUUGAAACGACAUGCUAACCCUCAGCUGGGAAAUUUCCGACUACAAAUGGAAAACAGAAGUGAAGCAGCUGUGAAGGGUUGACUGUAGCGCCCCCUGCUGCAUGUGUUUAAAGUGAAAAUAAUUGAAGCAUUAAGAUAAACUCAAAUAUUCACACAUUUCCGUUUCUCAUUCUAUAACUUUGCUUUACCAGGAGUUUUUUUAUAGUGUAGUUCUAUUUUCAUUGUGCAUCGUUUCUUUCGUUUGUCGAUAUAUAUAUAUUUGCUUGUUUGUUCUUGGGAAAUAAAUCAGCUGAAUGAUUUCAGUUUAAAAGGUU